AUGUUUGGUGGCACCACGGCCUGGCUGCAGCCCCCCUGCGCAGCAGGCAGAGGUCCUGGGGAAAAUCUCCUGAUGUGCGAGCCCUGCGGGAUGGGGCAGCAUGCGGUAAAAGCCGGCUACUGCCAGGCAUGCCCUCCAGGUUCAGCUCCCUCCGAAGACCGUGGCACCUGUGACCAAUGUCCUCCUUCUCAUUACUCCGUGAGUGGCCUUGACGGUUGCUUUGAAUGCACUGGUGAGCUCCUGCUCUUGAUUGACAACGACUGUGUGCGGUGGCACUUGCCACUGCUGGUGCUGGGUUUCGCAGGCUUCGCAGUUGCCGCUGUGUUGUGUCCUUCCUGGCUCCGCUCCCGACGUGCCAAGAAGGCCAAGCGCCUCAUGGAAGAACGUGCCGAACAGAGCAAAAGAGCUGGUGAUAUGAAAACCGCUUUCUGGCUCUCGGAGGACCCCAUUGGCCGCGACAUCAUUUGCCCCCGAGAUGGCAGGGCCGGGUGCGCCUUGGUGGACUGGAUACCAAGAAGUGAGAGCCGCGAGCAGACGCACUUCAUGUCCUGGACAUGGAGAUACAGCCUGCUGCAGGUUUGCGAUGCCCUGGAAAGCUUUCAGGGCAGCGCUAAGCCAAGCACAUCAAUGGCAUCGUCGGGUACGCAUUCCAAGGGCGUGUUCUUCUUCAUGUGCUUUUUCGUGAACAACCAGUACAGGCUUAUUGUGGAGGAGUCCAGCACUGGCAGCGAUAAUCUUGAAGAGGUGUUCGAGGGAAACCUGAAACGCAUCGGACGGAUGGUUGCGAUUUUGGAUAACUGGGAUCGACCGGUGUAUCUGAGUCGCGUGUGGACGGUGUACGAGCAGUUCGUUGCCCCCACCAUUGAUGUUCAGGUGCAGUUCGUACUGCCCAAGGCUCCAACAGAUCAGUUGCAGCAUCAGAUCGCGCGUGGGUCUGCAGGCAUCGAUGAGGUGAUCAAAUCUCUCUGUCAGGUGAAUUCCAGAGAGGCCAAGGCAUGGAAGAUGGAAGAUGAGAUCAAGGUGAAGUCCGUGAUCAAGGAGGGUAAUUUGGGGCUGCCAGUUGGGAGUGGACAACUGAUGCCUCCAGCUGAUACCGUUGGCUUCCAGCACGUGGAUGCCCAUGUGACGGAUGUUAUGACGACGUGGAUUGGAGAUGUAUUGGAGCAGACAUGCAAACAGGGUGGGGCCACGAUGAGUGGCUGGUUCGAGGUGGACGUGUCGAGGGGGAGUCCACCACGCGUCGACGUCGGAGACAUUGUGGAGUUGAAGGUCUACGACGACACAGGGAAUGGCCAGGGAACGAUCAUUGUGGGUGUCCUCGAGGUGUUGGGAACACACCGCAGUGGACCGGUGUUGGCUGGCAUGUUCCUGGGGGCCUCAGACAUAUACUACCACUGGUGGAUGAACGAGGGACCAAACGCCCCGGCCAAAGACAAAGGGUUUUACCACUUGUGUACAGAGCCGACCAGCGCCUGUCCAAGUGUGAAGAAAUAUCCCAAUAUGAUCCACUCAGGCAAGUACCGCAACCUGGGUACGGAGCAGGUGACCAGCAAGAAGGUGACCUGGUUGAAAGACAAGGUCCUCAUGGAAGGCUACGUCUUCUGCGAGGCAAAGUUGAAGUGGCCUGGUGAUGGUGACCCCUCGCAGUCAGAGGGUGAAGACAAGAGUGACGGCUCUGAUGAAAAGGAGUCUGAAUCUGAUGACCCAGGCGUCAAGGAGAAGAUCAAGCAGCUGCGAAGGGAGCUGAAGAAGGCUGAAGAGGACGCUGCCCAAGGGCGGCGCAAGAAGAAGGCUAAAAGGGGCAAGACGAGGGCCAAGCGCAGAGAUGUUACCCGAGCAACUGGUUCGGUGAAGGAGAAAAAGGACAAGAAGGAGAAGGCCAAGGGCUUGGACCUCAAGGAAAAAGCAAAGGAGAAGAAGAAGGACAAGGACAGAGAUGCCGACGAUGAAUCCUCUGGUUCUGAGUCGGUUUUUCACAAAGGCCUCACUGCGACCGUGAAGAGCAGCCAGCAGCGACUACUGGCGUACACAAGCAGAUAUCCAGGAAGACUGGCAAGCAGACUACUGUUGAAGAUGCAGACUGCGACAGCCAGGGACGCAGUGGGGCCGUCAAGCACCAGAAGCGGUCGCACCCCUCCGGUGGCCAUGCACCACAUCCUCACGGUGUUGCUGCCGAACCUCGGCGCCAAAGCAGGCCUGAGGUCAGCCAGGGAGUUGAAAACCCUUGGCAGCAUCAUGGACCAGCUAGCGGCAGGUUCCCCUUCGAAGGCGGCGGACAUAGUCUGUCAGCGAAUCAAGGCCGUGGAGAGAGCAUCGCACGAGGGUCACUGGGGGGCAGCGCAGUUCCUAGAGCUGCUGCCCCCCGAGAACACGAUGUUGCUCGGCCGAGACGAAGAGAUGUUCGUCACGAAGGAGUACCUGUUGGAUCAGAAGCUGAAAAGCUACGAUCGACAACCAGCGAGAGGAGAAGGAGGCGGAAAAGGCAAGGCGAAGGGAGCCAAGGGCAAGAGCAAGGAGAAGGGCGACAAAGGAGCCUGGGACAAGACGGACAAGGGCACGAAAAAGCCAGCUGAACGCAGCCCUGCUGAGUUGAUGGAUUGGAUGCGUGACUUGAUGCCGGAGUUGGACUCCCCGCUGGCCGGCUAUAUGGUUGCCCAGCACGAGUUGGAGUCCGAGCUACCCGCAAAGGAAACUCCGUUGGCCGUGGAGCCGCAUCAGCUGCUGCCAGUCAGAGCACAGCUUGUACCAAGGUUUUUCGUUGGGAAGGACGACAAGUUGGUAUCUUGGGUCGUUACCAUGGUGGAGGUGCUCAACUACCAUUCUGGGAUGGGGCGCAAUCGUUUGGGCCCCCCUGAGCUUACAGCUGCACAGGAGUUGAUGUUGACCCGCCUCUAUGGGGUGGUGCAGAGAUUUGAAGAAAAGGGAGGCAAAGUUGAAACCUUUGCCAAGUGCAGGCAAGAGAUUGGUGCCGUGCGGUUCGAUUAUUCUGGGGAGCCGAUCCAGUACAUGGAGGAGCUGGAGGCGGAGAAAAUUAUCCCAUGCUGGCCGAGGCCAGGUGAAGCAGGAGUGCAAGAUGCUCGGGACUUUGUACCGCCUGAGGUGCAGGCGUGGUUGGAUGAUCCCGUAAUGUCACUCUUGCCGCGGACCGCAUGGCCAGACAAACCACCACCCAGUCGGGUGCGAGCCACUGAUGAGCAGCACUUUCGGCCAGCGCCGCUAUGUAUCGCUGGAACAUCCUAUGGGAGCUGGCUGUGGUACUUCAACAUUGUCAACGAGCUGACCGAGGGCGAGUUUGACUAUGCCUAUGGCAGCAAUUGUUGUUGGGGGGGAGAUCGCGAGAAGUGGUAUGCCCUCCUCGCCAACAUGCCAGAGGUGCUGCAGGAGCUCCACGUGCCUGAAUGCCCUGGGCACGACAAUUUGAGGGGGUAUGCAGCCCGAGUCGAUGAGCAGGGUGUUGUUCGCUACGCCACCGAGGAGGAGGCUGAAUAUAAGUCUCGGUGGUGCGAGGCGUAUGCCAGGGGCCUGAAGCGACAGUUGGCCCCAUGGAUUACCCGCGGAAUUUUGGAAGGGCGGUGUCGAAAGAUCCAGGACGAGUUGGGAAAAUCCACAGCACGGCUGGCCGACCCAGCGAUGGCCAACGCAGUGGCCAAUGAACUGGUCGAGCUGGAGCGCAACAUGGUGCGGGGAUACGAGCCAACUCACCUGAGAGAGAUGGCCAGGCGUACCGGCAUUCGAGGGUCUGACCUCAGGAUUUUCCUGGGUGAGGAGCACAUGGAGAUCCCGUACCCCGCCUUAUACAGGUGGUAUUGGAAAGAAGCCCUCAGCUAUGCGUGGCGUGAGGAGCGGCACAUCAAUGAGGGAGAGGUCGCGGCGUUCAACAUCAUGCUCAAACGCAGGGCGAAAGACCCUGCCAAGCAUGAGCUGCGCUAG